AUGGCGCCGGCAGCCCGCCAGCCAUGCCGCCACAACCACCGACGGCGCCGCAUCCUCAUCUGCGUCAGCUUCGCCGUGCUCGCCCUGCUCCUCCUGGCCGCCACGGUCGCCAUCGUGCUGUUCGCCGUGCUGCGCCCGCGGAACCCCACCACGGAGCUCCUCUCAGCGAACGCCACCGGCGCCGUCCCGAACGUGGCGCUGCCGGCCUUCUCCAUCCAGCUCAACCUGACCUUCCGCCUCGUGGUGCGCGUGCGCAACCCGAACCCGGCGUCGUUCCGGUACGGAGAGGCCACCACGUCGCUCCUCUACAGGAACGCCUCCGUGGGCGGCGCCCUCGUCCCGGCAGGCACCGUGCCGAGCCGAGGCGCGACGACCGUGCGGCUGAACAUGACGGUGCAGGCCGACAAGGUGGUGGCUGCGGCCGGGCUGGGGGGCCUGCUCGGAGACGUGCUCGCCGGCGAGAUGGAGUUCGAGGCGAGGACGGAGGUGAAGGGGAGGGUCACGUUCCUCGGGUUCGUGAAGCGACGCGCCGUGGCCAGGUCGGUGUGCCGCGUCGCCGUCGGCGUCCCCGACGUCAAGGUUCGGCGCCAGGAGUGCCACAGCGAGGCCAGGUUGUGACCGGUGGUUCAGACGACCGUAUGCCGGCGGCCGGCCCAACAACACGUGUGUAUUUGUACUUACAGACGCGUGUGGUGCAAGAACCUCGAGGCGGUUCUAACGUGCACGCUAGAUCGUGUGUAUGUUUCUGCCAUCCGUUCCACGCUGUAUGAUUCGUACUGUCAAGUUUCAUCAGUUGUCAUCAAAUUUUAGAAAUCCAUAUCUAAUUUAAAUUUGAUAAAACAUAGUAUCCAUCUUAUAAAA